UGGAGCACCUGCGCCCGCCUUGCCUGACCGGACUCCCUGCAGGAAGUGCCUGAGCAGGAGCCGUGCGGACGGAAAUACAGCCCCUCGCUGCCACCCCUCCGCCGAUGGGGGAGUGCCGGUGGCCCAUCCACCCCCUGGCGCUCCUGGCCCUCUUUUACCUGUGUUACCUGUUGCUCGGAGCCCUCGCCGUGUCGCUGUUGGAACGGCCCCACGAAGUCAAACUCCGCAACGAUCUCCGGCUCCUGAAAAGCCACCUGCUCAACGCCAGCACCUGCCUGUCCGAGUCCGACCUGGAACAUUUCUUGUCCCGGGUACUGACUGCCGACAGGUACGGCGUCUCCAUUCUAGAUAACAGCUCCCAACACACCAAUUGGGACUUCGCUUCGGCCUUUUUCUUCGCCAGUACUCUCGUCACCACAGUGGGUUAUGGACACACCACCCCACUCUCCAGUGGGGGGAAGGCUUUCUCCAUCGUCUUCGCUUUGGUGGGGGUCCCACUGACGAUGCUGUUCCUGACGGUGCUGGUACAGCGGCUGAUGCUCUAUCUGACCAUGCAGCCCAUCCGCCUCUGCCAGGAGAGGUUGGGCUACACCAGGCAGCAGGUUACCUGGAUCCACCUCCUUGUGCUGACACUGGUGGUCCUCAUCACCUUCUUCAUCAUCCCCUCGGCCAUCUUCAGUGCCAUUGAGGUGGGGUGGAGCUUUGCCGAUGCCUUCUACUUCUGUUUCAUCUCACUCACCACCAUCGGCCUGGGUGACUUCGUACCUGCAGAACAGAGUAACCAACGCCUGCGUCCUCUCUACAAGAUCUCUGUCUCCUUCUUCCUCCUGUGUGGUCUGGCCAUGAUGCUGCUCGUCCUGCACACUGUCCACGCCGCAGCAGGCCUCCACGGCUUGACCCAGAUUUUCGACCUGCCUCCAGCCGAAGACAAGGAGGACGAGUGCGAAGGGACCGCCCUGCAGCCACAGCAUCCCUUGCCCUCCUCCCUGCCCUGCGAGACCCCCAAGUCACAGAGCCAGGCCGAGCAUCCUUCCUACAAGUCCAUUUUACCCUCUGAGAACCGGUGAUAGUGGGAGAGGCAGGUGGGCAGUGCGAGGAGGGAGGGAGAGCUGGCCGGGGCUGGGGGUGGAUGUACAUGUCCCAGACUCUGUGUAGAGUACAAGCCCUUCACCCCACAGUGUUGUGCCAACCUGUUAACCUACUUAACACUUCCGUCCCAUAUAACCCUUCAUUUUUCUGUCAUCCGUGUGUCUAUCUAAGCUCCCUGUUGUAUUGGUCUCUGCCACCACCCCCAGUGCACUCCAUGUACUUGCUACUCUUUGAAAACACCUCUGACAAUCCCUCUGCAUACUUUGCUCCAAUCACUUUAAAAUUAUGCCCUCUCGUAUUCGCCUUUUCCACCCUUGAAAAAAGUUCCAUGUUAUCCACUCUACCUAUGCCUCUUAUCAUCUUAUACACCUCUACAAGUUAUCUCUCAUCCUCCUGUGCUCCAAAGAGGGAAAAAAAAAGCCCCAGCUUACUCACGCUCUCUGAUCCAGGUAGAGUCCUGGUAAAUCUCCUCUGCACCUUCUCUAAAGUUUCCACAUCCUUUCUGUAAAUAAGGUGACUAGAAUGAAGCACAAGUGUGGUCUAUCCAGAGUUUGAUAGAGCUGCAAUAUUACUUUGUGGCUCCUGAACUCAAUCUCCUGACUAAUGAAGGCUAACACACCAUACACCUUCUUGACCACUCAAUCAACUUGUGCGGGAUCUGUGAACAAGGACCCUAAGAUCUCUCUAUUCCUCCACACAACUGAGAAUCCUACCCAUUAACCUGUACUCUACCUUCAAGUUUGAACUUCUAAAGUGUAUCACCACACUUUUCCAGAUUGAAAUGCAUCUGUCACUUCUCAGCCCAGCUCUGCAUCCUGUUGUAGACAAUGUCAACCUUUGACACUAUCCACUAGUCCACCAACAUAGCGUGGGCCUAAUCAACUGCAACAAAUGGAGGAGGGAGAGGACUGGGCCACUCGGCCCAUUGAAUGCUACACAAUUCAGUAACAUUGUAGUUGAUCCCAUCUCAUCUUCAACACCACUGUCUCUCCACCCACUGCAGUUUAAAUACUACUUUGAUUCUGACUUCAAUAUAUCUCAUGAUCUCUUCAGCUCCAAGGACUCAUGAUCCUCGGGGAGCUGAAAUUCUCCCUCGUCCCUAUCUCAAAUGAGAGCCCUGUUACUCUGAAUUCAUCUCCAGUUAUCCACUCUGAAGGGGAAACCAUCUUCUCAGUAUGCUCUUCUAUAGAAUCUCGUACGUGUUGUAAAGACCAGCUCUCAUUCUUCUAAGCUCCAUUCAGUGGGCUGAUAUUUCUGGGGUUGGGAGGGGAGGGAUUGACUUGUUCCUCCAUCUUGCUGCCAGCAUCUUCUACUUUGCCCACUUUUGACCUCUACUGUUUUCCCUGGUGACCUUGAAUUGAUAGCCCUAGGAUUUUUGGACUCUCUCCCCCUCCUUCAGGCUCCCACCAUGACGGCUUCCACUGCCUUGAAGCCCUGUGGAUGGCCGGAAUGCCAACGUUCCAGAACCUAGGCUUGUUCAUGGACCCGUUGGACCGAAGGGCCUGUUUUCGAGCCGUAAAGGCUGCCUCCACUUAAAUCAAUGUCCGUGUUUGCCUGUAAAAGGCUGUCUCUCAUCCCACCUGCACUCGGGGUAAUUGAGGAUUAUUAGCGAUGUCUCCAAAAUACCAGAGGAUAGGUGGGGAAUCAGAGGGGAGGUCAAUGAGAGAAGAGGUUACAGCAAGAGUCUCAGUCGGCUGAAUGGCCUGCUAAUUAAGAUGCCAAGCGGUGACCUCAGGUGUGUUGGUUGCUAGUGCUAAUGACGCAUUUCACUGUAUGUUUCGAUUUACAUGUGAUAAGUUAAUCUUGAAUCUUGUGUCAUGAGGAACUAGACUUGUUUAAAGUCAGGAUUAGCAUCAAGAAGACAUAAAGCAACAUGCUUAAAUACUGCUGCAAUUGCUGUUCCCUGCUCGGUUUUCCACAAUCCUUGAUUGCCUUGAGGAAUUCAGGAAUUAAUGUCUGAGUUGUUAGUCAUGCACUACGGCAAUUGAUCCUUUGGCCCACCAAGUCUGUGCUGAUCAUCAAUCAGUCAGGUUAUUAUCUCUGACAAAUGCUGUGAAACUUGUUGAUUUGGGGCAGCGUACUACGCGAUACAUAGAAUAUACUAUAAAUUACAAUAAGAAAUAUAGAAAAAAUUCAAUAAUUAGUGCAAAAAGAGAGCAAAUUAGUGAGGUAGUGUUUGUGGAUUCCUGGACCGUUCACGAAUAUGAUGGCAGAAGGGAAGAAGCUGUUCAUAAAAUGUCUGUUUACACUAAUCCGAUAUUAUUCCAAUCAGCUGCUCAGAGAUUCUACCACUCACCCAUGUACUGGGGCAUCUUCUACCACUCACUCACAUAUCAGGGGCAAUUCUACCACUCACCCACAUACCGGGGGCAAUUCUAUCACUCGCCCACAUAUCAGGGGCAAUUCUACCACUCACCCACAUACCGGGGGCAAUUCUAUCACUCGCCCACAUAUCAGGGGCAAUUCUACCACUUGCCCACAUAUCGGGACAAUUUUACCGCUUGCCCACGUACCAGAGGCAAUUCUACCACUCACCCACAUAUCAGGGGCAAUUCUACCACUCACCCACAUAUCAGGGGCAAUUCUACCACUCACCCACAUAUCAGGGGCAAUUCUACCACUCGCCCACAUACCAGGGCAAUUCUACCACUCGCCCACAUACCAGGGGCAAUUCUACCACUCGCCCACAUAUCAGGGGCAAUUCUACCACUCACCCACAUACCAGGGCAAUUCUACCACUCGCCCACAUACCAGGGGCAAUUCUACCACUCACCCACAUACCAGGGGCAAUUCUACCACUCGCCCACAUACCAGGGGCAAUUCUACCACUUGCCCACAUAUCGGGACAAUUUUACCGCUUGCCCACGUACCAGAGGCAAUUCUACCACUCACCCACAUAUCGGGGGCAAUUCUACCACUCACCCACAUAUCAGGGGCAAUUCUACCACUCACCCACAUAUCGGGGCAAUUCUACCACUCGCCCACAUACCAUGGGCAAUUCUACCACUCGCCCACAUAUCAGGGGCAAUUCUACCACUCGCCCACAUACCAGGGCAAUUCUACCACUCGCCCACAUACCAGCCUAUGAUUUACAGCAGCUGAUUAACCCACAAACACAUGUGCCUCCAAUGUAACUGGAACACCUUGUUUAAGGAUGGUGUCGCAACUCAUGUAUUGCUAUUUGAGUACCAGCUGUUAGUAUCGGGGAUCAAUUCCUGCUGCUUCUGUGAGGAGCUGUUGUGUUCUUUCUGUGAACACAUGGGUGCUCAGGUUUCCUCCCAUAUGCCUGAGAUGUAUGGGUUUACGGUUGGUAAAUGGUGGGAAUGCUACCGAAAGUGUGGCAAUAUGUCAUUGGACUCUGUUGUCUGAUGACACGGGCAGCACAUUUCACACUAUAUUUUGCUGUACGUUUGACAAGUAAAGCUAAUCUUUAUCUUUAACCCACACGGUCACAGAGAGAAUGUGAACACUCCACACAGGCAGCACUGGAGUGGGUAUCAAACCUGGGUCAUUGUGAGGCAGAGGCUCUACAAGCCGCAGCCCAUCCUCAGGAGGGAGAUCCAGAGGGGAGGAAUAUCAUUCAAGCUUUUGGUGUCUUAUCCACAUUGAAAGAAUCAGUAACUGCUGGUCAAUGGGAUCUGCUGGGAGGCAGCAGGAGGGAAAUCCAGAGGGGAAGACAAUCACUGGAGCUUUUGGAGAGUCAGUAACUGCUGGUCAAUGGGAUCUGGUGGGAGACAGCAGGUCAGGCUUAUUUGUUUAACCAUAGCUGGCAAUCUUGCCUCAUCAGGGAAGGCAUCACCAGGGAGAUGUCUGUCUUUGAUGAAGGCACCUUCAUUAAUACCAACCCUUUACUUUGUUUCACUCUCUUCCCUUCAGAGAUUCCAGGGCAUCCUCUGGAACAUCUACCUUAGCUGUGACUUGUGAAUCAGGAGGUCCCACACUAACUGCAGGCUGCCCAGCACUAUAAAAUUGGAACAGUACAGACAAACUUGACAAGGUUGUUGCUGAGACUUGAGGCCCUGGAUCACAGGGAAAGGUUGAUUAGUUUUUAGGACUUUAUUCCCUGGAGUGUCAGAUGAUGAAGAGAGAUUUCAAAAUGGGAAUCAGGCUUCUUAACACUGACACACGCUGUGUGAAAUUUGCUUUACGGCAGUGGUACAGUGCAAUAAAUAACACACUGUAAAUUAUAAUAAAUAUCAAUAAAAAUACAUAAGUAGUGCAAAUAGAGUGCAAAAAGUAGUGAGGUUCAUUGUGCAUUCAGAAAUCUGAUGGCAGAGGGUAAGAAGCUGUUCUAAAACAUUGUGUGUUCCUGCCCUCUGAUGGUAGCAAUGAGAAGAGGGCACGUCCUGGAUGCUGGGGGCCCUCCAUGAUAUAUGCUGCCAUCUUGAGGCACUGCCUUUUGAAGACGUCCUCAAUGGUGGGGAAAUUUGAUAGAGGUAUAUAAAAUUAUGUGAGGCAUGUUGUAGACAGGCUAAAAGUAAGUAGGCUUUUCCACUGAGGUUGAGUAAGACCAGAACUAGAGGUCAUGGGUUAAGGGUUAAAAGUGAAAUGUUUAAAGGGACCCUGAGGGCGAGAAACUUCUGAAAGUAUGGAAUAAGUUGUUAGCAGAAGUGGUGGAUGCGGGUUCGAUUGCAAUGUUUAAGAGGAGUUUGGAUAAGUACAUGGUUGAGAGGGGUGUGGAAGGCUAUGGUCUGGUUUGAGGUCAAUGGGACUAGGCAGAAUAAUAGUUUGGCAUACACUGAGUGGGCCGGAGUGCCUGUUUUUGUGUAGUAGUACUCUAUAAACAGGGACAUAAGCCCAAAAAUCCUGACUCAUGCUCCCAGUGCAGAACUGAGAGAGCAUGUCAUGCCCUGGUGAAUGUUUAUCCUCGAUCAACGUACCUUUAAGAGAAUCACAAACAAGAGGAAAACUGCAGAUGCUGGAAGUCCAAGUAAUAUGCACAAAAUGCUGGAAGAACUCAGCAGGCCAGGCAGCAUCUAUGGAAAAGAAUAAGAGAUGAGAAGUCUUUUUUCCUGUCCUGAUGAAGGGUCUUGGCUUGAAAUGUCGACUGUUAACUCUUCUCCAAAGGUGCUGCCUUGCCUGCUGAGUUCCUUUAAGAGAAGGUCACUUAAUAACUUCUAUUGUAUUGAAGGGGAUGUUGCUCUGCACAGAUCAGGUGCCUUAUGUCCUGUUUCAACAGUGAUCGCUUCAAAACACAUUUUAUUGGUUGUAAAAAAAAUAAAUAAAACAAUUUUUGUAUCCUGAAAGGUAAUGUUGAGAUGGCACAGUAGCAUAGCAGUUAGUGCAAUCACUUGACAACACUAGAGAUCACUGAUUGUGAUUGAAUUCCCGUCACCAUCUGUAUGAUUUCCCCAUGGCUGCCUGGGUGCUGCAGUCCGAAGAUGCUUGGGUUAGGGUUGGUGAGUUGUGGGUGUGCUAUGUUCCCGGCUGAAGCGUGGUGACACUUGUGGGACUCCCCCAGCACAAUCCUCAGACAACGCAUUUCACUGUCUGUUUUGACAUAGUGCGGUCACUCGACUCAUGUCCGAUGUUCUCCUAAGGUGUUGAGUGAACUCUGUUAAUGGAGGAGGUCUGAUACGAGGGCAGCCACCGCACAGUCUUUGACAGAUCGGGGUCGGGGUCCAGUAACAUGGAAUACAAGAUGAUUUCACUGCUGUAGACUUCCUCCACUUUCACUGCCGUCGUGAUAUGUCAUCAUCUUCGGCCAGCUCCACCAUUGAGAUUUUGCUUGGAUUGUUCUUCAUCCGGAUCCUCCUCCUCGACCUUACUGCCAUGGGUGACUCUACCAGCAGCGAAGUGCCAGGUGACUAAACUCCAGACGGCAUCAGGAACUCACAGCCUCAUCAUGACCUUGAAGAAUGUUUUGAUGGAGAUGUGACAAAUGGGGGAGAAAAGAGCUAAUUUUGGGGGAAUCAGAAGGACUGUUGCACUGAAGGAGCCCAGAUGCUGUUUUGUUUAAAAUGUAUCUUCCCAGUGCCGGAGUAACCUCACGCUGUGAGUAACAAGUUAUUUUCGGCAGCUGACUCUACCAACUGAUGUCAUCUGCACCUCUCCAGUGGCUUGGAGUCAAGUAUUGUUAAACAAGGUUGCUCUGCAUUACUUUUACAGUACUACCAAGUCGAAACUUCACAGAGGAAGGUUCCGAGCUGGCCUCUCUUGGAGUUAGAGGCCUGUCUGUCUGUGUAAUUGGGGGGAAUCAGAGGCCUGUCUGUCUGUGUAA